AUGAAUGUAGAGAAAAUGGAAAUAAAUGAAUCGGAUAGAAUAGUGAAUGGAUUAAGACGUUCAAUAAGAACAGCAUUGGAAGUUGGUAGUGCAAUAAAAAAGAAAAUCAAUUCAGAUUAUAAACCAUUAAUUGAUACACUUAAUGUAGCACUUUUAUCAACGUUUAGACUUGGUGAGUAUCUUUUUACACAUUCCAAUUCUAAUUCAAUUGAUGAUACAAGAGAAUCGUAUAAAUCGGAAUCCUUUACAGAAAUAAAUAAAUCAACAUACAAAUCAGAAUCUUUUAAAUCGGAAUAUGAUACAAAAUUAAAUAAUUUGCAAUCAUAUGAAUCAAAUACAACACUGAAUAAUUCACCUACAGUACAAUCGAAUGUACAGUGUAAUUCACCCUCAACUGUACAGACUACUAUACCGUCUACAAUACAGUCUACUAUACAAUCGAAUAUGGAAUCGAUGAGAAAUGAAUCGAUGAGAAAUGAAUCAUAUAUGAUUAGUAAUGAGAUGAGAGAAAAUGAAGAGAUGGAAGAUGUUGGUGAAUUGAUAUACAUGGAUAUAGGAAUGGAGAGUAUGAGUAGUACAUUUGAAAAUGAUCAAUAUUUGAAUUAUGAUAUAAUGAGUGAGGAUGAUGGUUCUUCAUUUACCUCAUUGAGUUCAUCAAGUCCGAAGAUGUUUAACAAGAGGAAGAGCCCAAGUAGGAGUAGGAGACCAUAUAGAAGUUUGAGUAGUUUGGAGAAUUUACCAAGUAGCAGAAGAAGUACAAGAGAUUUAUCACAAACAGAUGAUAUGUACAUUUAUGAUAUGAAUAAUUUAAGUGAUAAAGGUGAAUUUGAGGAUUGGUAUAAUGAAGAUAGUGACUCGAGUAAAAAGAGUGUAAAAUAUGUCCAGAAGAGAAUGCCACCCAGUAGACCUUCAGUUAGUAAUUUAACUGAAAUCUAUGGUUCACAAGAUAUGUUAAUUCCAAUGGGUCCAUUACCCAUUGGUGUUUAUUUUGAUGCUUCAAGGAAGUUAUGGCGUUGCCAAUGGCGUGAAAAUGGUAAAUUCCGUACUAAAGGAUUCUCAUUAGGACAUUAUAAUACACUUGCUGAUGCUCGACAUGCUUGUAUUUUAUUCAGAUGUCAAGUUGGAAAUAUGAAUAUUCAACCCGAAUGGUUAACACCAAAUUAUAUCAAAGUCUCGGAAUUAUUAAAUCGUAAAGCAUCACAACCCAGUAAUAAUACACCCAAAAAAUCCAAUCGCAAGAAAAAACGUCAAGAAGAUUUAUAUGAACCUUUUUCAUAA